ACGCGGCUUCGGCGGCGGGGUCCAAGCGCCGGCACGGCUUCAGCGGCGGGGGUUCGGGGCGCUGCUUCGACGACGGGUGUCGGGCACCGGGCGUCGGCGCGGCUUCGACGGGGCUCCGAGGCGCCGCUUCGACGGCGGGGGCCGGGCGCCGGCGCGGCUUUGGCGGCGGUGCUCCGGGGCGCUGCUUCACCGUGACGCGUUCUUUCUCGAUUCGAGCUUCACCGAUCGACGGUCGUCGGUCAAACCCAAGGAGCUCGAGCCUUGGGGCAACACUUUAGGUGGGCUUGCUCGACUCAAGCCGCCUCGCUUUGCGAAGGCGGAGAUCGAGCAACCUGCUCCACACCCGGCGGCUCCGCGACGGGCCAGGGCGGCCGUUUCGCCAGUAGUUUUUCUUUUCUUCUUCCUUCUUUUUUCCCUCACGCCGGGCGGGCGCGCGCGCGAGGGCGAGGGAGUGGCGGUGCCGCGCCGCGCGGCGGGCUAGCCAGCCAGCCAGCGAACCACCACCAGCCACGGCGCCCGAGCACGACAAGGCCCAAGCGAAUCUCCGCGACGCGGAGGCGCCUCUCGUUGCACGCCGCGUCGCUGUCUUUCCCUUUCCCCUCUCUGUCUCUCUCUCGCACGUCACUCUCGCCGGGCGAGCUGCGGGCGGCUUAUAAAGGGGAGGGAGGGAGCAGCCGAUCCCCCUACACCAGUCACCAGCUGCGGCCUCCCGAGCCGUCCGUCGACGCAGCAGGUCUGAUAUUGCUUGUUGGUCCCUUACUCCCUCAUCAUCAAAAUGCUUGGCUCACUUAUCUCUCAAUCGCCUUCUGUGGACUCAAAGAUAGAGAACCAUGACGAGUUAAUUGCGACAGGUGUUCUUGCUAGUCUGCAGAAUUUUAUCCGCAAAUGCAUCAUAGCUGUCCUCUCGUAUGGCCCAAUGCCAAAGCAUAUUGCAUUUAUUAUGGAUGGUAACCGCAGAUACGCUAAAUUCAGGAGUAUCCAGGAAGGCUCUGGUCACAGGGUUGGUUUCUCUGCUCUCAUUGCCAGCUUGCUCUACUGCUAUGAGAUGGGGGUGAAGUACAUCACGGUGUAUGCAUUUAGCAUUGAUAAUUUUAAGCGAGACCCAGCUGAGGUGAAAUCUUUGAUGGAGUUGAUGGAGGAGAAGAUCAAUGAACUACUGGAAAACAGAAAUGUCAUCGACAAGGUUAACUGUAAGAUCAACUUCUGGGGGAACUUGGACAUGUUAAGCGAACCGGUGAGGGUAGCAGCUGAGAAACUGAUGGCUAGCACUGCUGAAAACACAGGAUUAGUCUUCUCUGUUUGCAUGCCAUACAACUCCACUUGUGAAAUUGUCAAUGCAGUUAAUAAGGUCUGUGCAGAAAGGAAGCAUAUGCUGCAGAUGGAUCAUGCUGAUAAUGUUGCAAAUAAUAGUGUGCAUUCAGACAUUUCAGUAGAAGAUCUGGACCAUCAUAUGUACAGUGCUGGUUGCCCAGAUCCUGACAUUGUGAUCCGGACCUCAGGCGAGACUCGCCUAAGCAAUUUCCUUCUGUGGCAGACGACGUUCAGUCAUUUGCAGAACCCAGACCCUCUUUGGCCGGAGUUCUCUUUCAAGCACCUUGUCUGGGCCAUACUACAGUAUCAAAGAGUUCACCCUUAUAUUGAGCAAAGCAGAGCACAGGCUAAGAAGUAUCUGUAGUCACAUCCUCCCUAGAAGGAUAUAUAUACCAUCAUCAUACAAGAAAAAAAAUGUACUUAUACAAUAAUCCGUGUUCUCCUUUGAUCUAUCCUGGAAUUUGAAAUGUACGAGGUAUAGCUAUGCCAUUGUGGGCAGGCCAAACAUUUGUACGCGGCAAUAUUACUAACGUCUUGUUUGAUCCAGAUGUGUGAAAUGUAAUAGCAUUUGAUAUAA